AGGCUAACACCACUAUAAAUGGCUAGCAUUGCUGCCCAUUCUGCACAAACCCAUAAGCCAAACAAAAACAGCUCUCUGGUAGGUGUUUACGCUUAGCGUUUUCAUCCUACAAUGAGAUCACUGCCCAUUGUAGUACUUUCCCUCCUGAUUCUUGUCCUUGCUGCCCAUGUAUCCCAAGCCGAUGACAAGGGCUCUUCGGUUGGAAGUGGGAAGGAUUCCCAUGAUGGUGAUGAUCAUAAAUCAAAUGGUGUAGGGCCGGUGAAAAAACCAAAAUGCCCUAAGCCCGGACAUGGUCCGAAAAACCAUGACAAUGAUGGUCGUGGACCACCGGAAAAGGAGUGCGAUGAUGGAGAGACAACACCGUCAUCACCUGGGCCUUCCCCAGACCAAGGUAAUGGUUCGCCAUCACCACCGCCAUCCCCAUCUUAUUCACCACCCAUGACUCCAUCACCUCCACCUCCAUCAGAAACUAGUCCUCCUCCGCCUUCAUCAAGCCCCCCACCAACACCUUCAUCUAGUCCCUCUGUUACACCUCCAACCUACGAACCUAAUGAUCAAUCGCCACCGCCUCCAUUGAAUCCUUCGCCCAUUCCCCCACCACCUCCAUCUAGUGCGCCUGCGGCACCUCCAAUGAACCCGACUAAUGAUCAAUCUCCUCCACCAUCUCCUUCAUCUAGCCCCCCAACGAUAGCUCCAGUCACCCCACAAACACCUCCAUCUAGUCCCCCUGUUACGCCUCCAUCUUACGAACCUAAU